AUGAUGAAAAAGAAAUUAAAAGCUGUUGAUGUUGAUGUUGUCGGCAAAGAGAGUAUACUGGAACUUGGGAUUACAAAGGUUUUUCAAAUUGAUGGGAAAUUGUUCUUGGAUGCGCAGGGAAGUGAUGUUGAUCUAAGCACUUACAAAGAGAAACUUCUCUUGAUUGUGACCGUCGCUUCUCAGUGUGGUUUGACCAAUUCGAACUAUACCGAACUUGCACAGCUGUAUCAGAAGUACAAAAAUCAUGGGUUUGAGAUUCUUGCAUUCCCGUGUAAUCAGUUUGGUAACCAAGAGCCUGGUUCGAAUGAAGAGAUUGUUGCGUUUGCUUGUACCCGUUUCAAGGCGGAGUACCCGAUCUUCGACAAGGUUGAUGUGAAUGGUGACAAGGCUGCUCCAAUCUACAAGUUUCUGAAAUCAAGCAAAGAUGGACUUAGAGAAGUAGAAUGCCGACUUGCAGAUUUCACCAAGAUUUCCUUAUGCAAUUUGUUUGAGUUCUUUAGUACUUGA